AUGGCUCAUCGUUUGAAUAUUUCUGGAUCAGUUCUGGAUCAGGCAAAAGUCAAUUUCAAGGAAAUUUACGAUCAAGCAGGACAAAAGUCACACGAAGCUAUCGCCGGAGCUUGUCUUUAUGUUGCCUGUCGACAAAUAGGAGCUCCGCGCACAUUCAAGGAAAUCUGCGCUGUUUGUACGGUUUCGAAGAAAGAAAUUGGUCGCUGCUUCAAGUGGAUCAUCAAAACUCUCGAAAAAACUGUGAAAACUAUCUCGUCAGAAGACUUCAUGAUGCGUUUUUGCUUUUCGCUCAACCUCACAAAACAAGUCGAGGCUGUUUCAACUAAAAUUGCCAAGCGAUCCGUCGAGUUGGAUUUGGCAGAAGGUAGAUCCCCGAUUUCUCUUGCCGCAGCGGCAAUUUACAUGGCCUCACAGACAUCAAAAACAAGAAAAACCGCCAAGGAAAUCAGUGACGUUACUGGUGUUUCUGAAGUUACCAUCCAUCAAAUGUACAAGGAGAUGCUUCCACAUGCAGAAGAGCUACGUCCCAAACAAUGA